AUGGCAGCGCUCCGGUCACCACGCACCAACGAGGGAGCGAGAUCCCCUGUUAAUCGGACGCCGCUCCAACGCAUCACGGCCGGGGCAGCACCUCCAGCCAAACACCGAGCUCUUGGAGAGUCACGACCAAUCAAAGGAUGGACUCUUUGUUUCGGAGCCAAUGAACACGGCCCGGCUGAUCGACGGGACGAGCCUAACCGACCAAUGGGAGACGGAGAAGCCGGGAAGGGAGCGGGGUGGUUGUUCCGUGCACUGGCCAAUGGGGUGAUAGGGUUCCGGUGGCCUGACGGCGGCGCGAGCGCGAGGGGUCGGAUGUUGGCGGUUUUUCUCCGGGCGGCUGCAAAGGGGCGCGGCUGCCGAGUACCGGCUGCCGCUUGGUUAUGGAGAAGGCGGAGCUACUCCAGUGCAGACAGUGAUGGUUUGAGUGCCAAAACAGAGGAGCUCAAAACUCCCAAGAUUUACACAAAAACAGGAGACAAAGGGUUUUCCAGCACCUUCACUGGGGAGCGUCGGCGAAAGGAUGAUGUUGUAUUUGAAGCUUUGGGCAGUACAGAUGAAUUGACAUCUGCAAUUGGGCUGGCAGUUGAAUUCUGCCUGGAGCAAGGUUUUGAGUUUGAGGAGGAACUUUACAAGAUCCAGUGUGUGUUGCAGGAUGUUGGAUCCAACGUAGCUACUCCCAUUUCUUCUGCACGAGAGAGCCAUCUUAAGAGAACAGCAUUUAGUGAAAAGCCAGUGAUUGAACUGGAGAAGUGGAUUGAUCAAUAUACAAAGCAGCUCCCGCCUCUCUCAAAUUUCAUCUUACCAUCAGGUGGAAAAUGCAGUGCAAGCUUGCAUCUGGCACGAGCAAUUUGUCGCAGGGCAGAGAGGAGCAUGUUCCGCAUUGUCCAAGCUGGAGAAGCUGACCAGAAUGCUGCAAGAUACCUCAACAGGCUAAGUGAUUACCUGUUCACGUUGGCAAGGUAUGCUGCUAUGAAAGAAGGGAAAAGGGAGCAAAUUUACAGGAGACCAUAUGCAAACUAGGUCGAUGUCACCCUAAUGUCCACCUGAAAUGAAGAUGGGUGAUCCCUUUGUCAACUGAUUUAUGAGUUAUUUUAGCUUAUAUUUUUAAAUUCUUGUAUUAAUAGCAGUGCUGUCUUUUGAAUUUCAGUCAAUUGUUGCUAUACUGUUUACCUGACAUUGCAUUGCUUCUCUUGUAGAAUGAAGUUGGUGUUUGCUCUUUAACUUCUCAUGGCAGCUGAUGGCAAAAAGUGAUUUUUUUUUGUUAACAGCAUGUAUAUUUUUAAUUGCUCAGUUGUCUAUCUCACACUUGCGGCAUGGUGAUUAUGUCCCUAUCUCUGGGCCUGGGGUCAAGUCCUACCUGCUUCAGAAUUGCAUUAUAACCUGUCUGAACAGGUCACUUUAAAAAUACCUGAAAACACUGAGCUCUCUUUGAGUCUGUGCUUCUAGAUGGACAAACCAUUUAAUGGAAAGCCAAGUACAGUUAAUGAUCCUGGCCUCGUAUGUAUCAAUAAUGUCUUGGACAAAAUGGAUCCAUUCCAAGUGCUAUACUGUAUGCUCUGGGGCUCCAAAUCCUGCCUUUGGAUGAUCUGGACACUCAGCGGAGGAAACUUCCAAUCUAUUAAUGAAAUAGAUUGACUGCAGCUGUCUUCUGAGAAGAACUGUAUUUAUUUGUCUUUUCCCAAAAAGGUGUCUUUUUAAUUUUUCUGUUCCUUCUGCCUAACUAUCAAACAAGCAGAGAAAAUGACUUACUUCCAGAAGUUUCAUGAGGCAGGAACACCUAGGACCAUUCUUUUCACUGUUUGGCCCAUCAAAUGUUUGCUCUCCUAACAUGUAUGAAAUGAGGUAUUAAAAUUAGGAAUUCCAUUUUCUGUUCCAUAAUGCAGAGGUGCUUUUUCUUUAAAUAAAUAUUGAUCUGAUUUAAAAACAGAAAAGGCUAGGAAACACAUUAGACCCAUUUGCAUCUGAAAGAAAGCCAGAUGACAGCUAUGUUGCUUAUUCAGCUGCUUUACAGUUUUUAUUUUUGCAGAUAUUCUAGAUACUAUUUCCUACAGUAAUUAAUGUCGCUGACUAAUGAUUUUUCUGAUUUUGUCAAAGAUAUCUUUGCAUCACUUCAUCUCUGAAUUCAUCCUAUAAAGCUUUAUUUCCUAUGAAUUAUUUGUGUUGCACUGAGUGGGCCAAAAAUUACAUGUUUUAAUUGGUUAUUUGAAGAAAUCAGGGUAGCAGUGCUAAUCACUGAGCCACCAUGCUGUCUGUGCUGAACUUGUUUGCUGGCUUUCCAAGAUUCAUGCAAGAGCACUCCCAAAUUCUACUGUGCUGCAGCUUUUUCAGUAUCUUCUGGAGUAUCAGUAAGUGCAAAACCCCACAUUUUUCCAAAUUAUAUCAGAGAUAAUAGGAACUGCAGAUGCUAGAGAAUCCAAGAUAACAAAGUGUAGAGCUGGAUGAACACAGCAGGCCGAGCAGCAUUUUAGGAGCACAAAAGCUGACAUUUCGGGCCUGGAAGCUGCUUGGCCUGCUGUGUUCAUUAACCCUACACUUUGUUUUCUCAAGUUAUGUUCCAUCUGCCAAGUUUUUGCCCACUCACUUAACUUGUCUAUUUUCCCUUCCUUGUGUCAUCCACACGACUUAAUUACACUGUCACUUUUGCAUCAUCUGCCAACUUGUUGAUAGUACAUUUACUUCCCUCGUCAAAAUCAUUAAUAUAUAUUGCAAAUAAUUGUGGUUGCAGAUUGAUCUCUGUAACGCUACUGAAAAUGCCUACUUUAUCUCAAUUUCCUGACUUCCAUUAGUUACUCAAUCCUCUAUCCAAGUUCCUUCUUAUUAAGUAGCUUUUUGUGCAGUACCUUAUCAAAUGCCUUUGGAAAUCCAAAUAUAUAAAAUAUACUGGUUUUCCUUUUAUACAUCACACUUCUUGCCUCAAAAGAAUCCUAAGAAACUUUUCAGGCAUGAUUUUCUUUUCAUGAUGCCACACUGACCGUACCUGAUUAUAUUUUAUGUUUCUAAAUGCUCUACUAUUACAUUCUUUAGACCCUCCAAAUAACCAAUUCAUGAAAUUCUAUUCCUCGCUCUUCCCCAUAACCUUAUGCAAUCUUUUUAGGUAACUUCCUAAUUCCCCUUUGCUUGCUUCAAUUGAACCUGUCUCUGUCCCAUUCUCAGAUAUUGCAUUUCGCAUCCUAAUCACUUGCUGCAUGAAAAUAUUUUCUCAUAAUACCUUUUUUUGCCAAUUACAGAAAUCAGAGUUUACAUUUCAGGUCGAGUGACCUGCUGAGGAAGGGUCAGUCGAUCCAAAAUAUUAAGUUCAAUUUCCCUCCACAGAUGCUGCCAGACCUGCUGAGCUUUUCAAGCAAUUUUUGUUUUUGUUUCUGGUGUAGAGCAUCUGCAGUUCUUUCAGUUUUUAUCUACAUUCUCCAAUUAUUCUUCUUAGCUGAAGCCGUCACCCUUGGAACCAUCGUCAUGAAUCUUUUCAGCACCUUUUCUAAUGCCUUCACAUCUUUUCUCAUGUAUGGCACCCAGAACUGCAUGGUGGCUCAGUGGUUAGCACUGUAGCCUCACAGCACCAGGGACAAGGGUUCAAUUCCAGCCUCGGGUGACUGUCUGUGCGGGUUUCCUCCGGGUGCUCCGGUUUCCUCCCAUGGUCCAAAGAUGUGCAGGUUAGGUGGAUUGGCCUUGCUAAAUUUUCUGUAGUGUUCAGGGGUGUGUGGGUUAUAGGAGAAUGGGAUGUUUCGAGGGGCGGUGUGGACUUGUUGGGCCGAAGGGCCUGUUUCCACACUGUAGGAGAUCUAAUCUAUAUUAACCCCUUAUUUUUAAUUUGCUGAAAAUGAGUAUUGUUGUUUUAUGUCAGCUAUGGCUAAAGCACCCAUGCUAUUUGUUAGCCAGAAACACAAUCACUUGGAUGGUCUCCAAUCUUACACCACAUUAAGAAGUUGCCAUUGCUUUCUUAACCCUUUCAGUGUGAUUCUUUACUGUAGCAGUAAUCUUCCUGUAUUUUGAGGAACACAACAGGAACUAGGGUAUUUAGCCCCUUCCAACUUGCUUUGCUGGUCAAUUAAAUUGUGGCUGAUCUGCAGCCUACCACUGUAUACCUGUCUUUGUCCCAUUUCUCUUAAAAAUUAACUUGACUUAUUGGGAAAGUCUUCCAGAGGGGACAUUGCUUUAAAUUGAGGGGUGAUAGAUAUAGGAUAGAUGUCAGAGGUAGAUUCUUUACUCAGAGUAAUAAGGAUGUGGAAUGCCCUGCCUGCAACAAUAGUAGACUCAGCAACUUUAAGGGUAUUAAAUGGUCAUUGGAUAAAUAUAUGGAUGAUAACAGAAUAGUGUAGGUUAGAUGGGCUUCAGAUUGGUUUCACAAGUCGCCACAACUGUGAGGGCCAAAGGGCCCGUACUGCACUGUAAUGUUCUAAGUGCCUCCUGGCAUCCCUGAUGGCUUUAUGCAGGUUAUAUCUGGAUUUUCUGCAUAGGUCUGGGUUGUCCAACUUGAAUGCUACGUGCCAUGGUCUUCAGUAGGCAGCGGUUCAUCCAAGAUUUCCAUUUGGGGAACACCGGGAUUGACUACUUUGGUACUUAGUCCUCCACACAUAAUUAAUAAAUAAAAAAAAUCAAAAUCAGACCUCCAUCCAAAACAAAACAACCUGUUUAACUGAUACCCUGUCUAUUACCUUAAACAUUCAAUUCCUUCUCUACCCAUGCGCUUUGCUGGCAUCAGUCCUACAGCACAAAAACACACCCUUCAGUCCACUUUGACAAUUAUUCCAAAUUAAACUAGUCUCACCUGCCUGCACUUGCCCAUAUCCCUCCAAACAUUUAUCUAAAUGUCUUUUCAAUGCGUGUAAUUGUACUUGCAUUCCCCACUUCCUCUGGAAGUUCAUUUCACAUACAAACCACUUUUUUUUUUGAAAAAAAAGUUGCCCCUCAUGUCUUUUAUAAAGAUUUUUCUCCUCUCACCUUAAAAAUGCCACCUAGUCUUGAAAUCCCCCACCAGAUAGUUAAGAUCUUUGCCAUUCUCCUUAUCUAUACCCCUCAACCUCCUAUACUCCAGUGAAAAAAAGGUUCCAGCCUAUCCGUAACUCAAAUCUUGUAUUUCUGAAAACUUCCUUGUAAAUCUUUUGAACCUUCUCCAUCUUAAUAAUUGGUAUAAGGCUACAAGAAACAUUGUAGUAACUUGCUAUGGUAUAACUCUUCCCACCUGGAAGGAAAAGGGUGGGCUGGAUGCAGAAAGGAACCACCACCUCUAGGUUCCUGUUUAAAUCAUAGAUUCUCCAUGAUCUUCCUGUGCAGUUGAACAUCAUCUGACAAUGUAUCCACUGUACCCAGUGUGGCUUCCUCUACAUUGGGGAAACCAAGCAGAGGCUUGGGGACCGCUUUGCAGAACACCUCAGCUCAGUUCGCAAUAAACAACUGCACCUCCCAGUCGCGAACCGUUUUAACUCCCCCUCCCAUUCCUAUCACGACAUGUCCAUCAUGGGCCUCCUGCGGUGCCAUAAUGAUGCCACCCAAAGGUUGCAGGAACAGCAACUCCUAUUCCACUUGGGAAUCCUGCAGCCCAAUGGUAUCGAUGUGGACUUCACAAGCUUCAAAAUCUCCCCUUCCCCCACUGCAUCCCAAAACUAGCCCAGCUUGUCCCCACCUCCCUAACCUGUUCUUCCUCUCAACUAUCCCCUCCUCCCACCUACUAACCUCAUCCCACCUCCUUGACCUGUCCGUCCUCCCCGGCCUGACCUAUCCCCUCCCCCCCAUACACUCCUCUCCGCCUAUCUUCUCCUCUAUCCAUCUUCGGUCUGCCUCUCCCUAUUUAUUUCCGAACCCUCUCUCCCUCCCCCUCUCUGAAAGAGGGUCCAGGCCCGAAACGCCAGCUUUUGUGUUCCUGAGAUGCUGCUUGGCCUGCUGUGUUCAUCCAGCUUCACACUUUGUUAUCUUGGAUUCUCCAGCAUCUGCAGUUCCCAUUGUCCCUGAUCACAAUUUUCUGAUGUGUUGGGGACCCUUACAAUGCAAAAAGUUGUUUCCACAAAAUGACUAUUACUUGAAAUGUCAACUAUCUUUAAAUUGUUUGUCUCCCAGAACCAGAAAUCAAAUUGUGACCACAUCACUAUUUCAUACCACAGUAAGUAAUCCUCACGUAUGAUGUGAGUUUAUGGACCAUGUAUUUUAAUCCUAAUACUAUUAUCAGUUUUGCUCUGCAUUUAACAUUGUUAAAAUCUGGAGUCUCAGAAACAAACAAACAAUCUGAAUUAAAUUGGGGAGUAAGAUUUUUUAAUAGCAUCAAUAGAUAAACCUGCUUAAAAUAUAAUAUACAAUUAAUGCCCAAGAAAUUUACAGGCUAAUUAUAACUUAGUGAACUGUACAGCAAACUUUUCUAACCUGUUAUUCAAAAUAAUUUGGUAAUAUUACUGUCUCAUCUCCCAAGACCACGCAAUUGUCAAUUCCGUGUGCAUCAAAAUGCCUUUUUUUAAAAAAAGUUUUUACAUUAAAUAUUUCACUACUUAGUACAAAUUAUAAAUAAUAGAUGUUGCUUGGUAGUUUUAAAACAAAAUCCAAACUUGGGAUUUAGAUAAUCUAACUUUCUGCAUUCAAAUACUUGAGAUUUAGUGACCUGCCAACAUUCUCUGUAGAGUUCCACAUCAUCCAGAUUUAAGUUAGCAAAACAAGAAAAAUAAAACUGACAUAAUACAAUAUUGUUCCAAAAGUCUAAUGUAUAAACAGGAAGUCAGAUGUUAGAAUUUAUAUCUUCCACAAAUAAGCUGGGAUGAGUUGUGAAAAGAUGUUUGUUCAUUAGUUACUUGAUCACUUCCAUUGAUUCACACUCAUUCCACAAUUAUAAGGGGCAUGUUAGUUUGGCUGAUCCAGUCACUGCUGUGAUUGAGGGCUGAGUCACAGAGGAGGUAUGCAGGGAACCAGACAGAAACAACAUUGCCAAAACUAUUUUACCAAAAAAUACAUUAAUUCCAGUACUGCCAUCCCUUUCAGCUUUCAUGACUAUGCACCCCCCUGGUCUUUGACCAACAUCUGUUAAAGUAAUUUUCAGUACAUUUUAUAUGACAGUAAACAAUUAGCAAAAUGUGAAAAACUCUACAAUAUUACUUCACAGUAUCCUUAGGGGAAUCUAUAGUGUGAUCCUGGAUUCUUUUUGUUUGAGACAGGUGUUAUUGAAUUCCCUUAAAUAUUCAACACUGUACAUUAAAUAUUAGGCAAUGAGAUAAAGCUGGACUUUGGAUACUGCGAAUCAAACAGCCCGCACUUCACAGGAGGUGGUCAGUUUCAAUUCUAUUUUGAUUCAUUGGAGAGGUCUAUUGUUGAUGAUGGAUUUCAAUGUAUGCCCCUUCAGAGAAUUGAAAGCCUUGGCCACUCGGCUUUACCCUGAAACACAUCGUGAUCUUGAUAUCCAAAUGAUUCCUAGCUGUUGGUGAGCCAUUGUUUGUAUUUCUUCGAGCAACAAGAAUUCUCUGAUCCCAGCAGUCCUUUAUAGCACAAAGGUGCAUUCACACCCAUUUCUUUGUGAUCGGUGAUUAAGAGAGUUCAAAUCCAGUGUUCAUACUGAUUGCAUAGCGGAGCUUCUCUCGCAGGAUGCUCUUUUUACUGUAGUUGGGUAGUUUAAGGAGAUUGAAGCAGGUGGAAGAGGUUGGCAGCCGACCACCUGGUUCCUUUUUUCGGAUGGUAAAGAAACCCCGAAGCACGCUUCCCAAUGUAUCUCCAGUGUCCUGAGGUACAAAGACAUAUUAAAUUAACUCAGCCACAUUAGGGGCAUUUAAACAGUCCUUGGAUAAGCAUAUAGAUAAUGAUGGGAUAAUGUAGGGGGAAGAAACUUAGAUUAGUUCACAGGUCAGUGCAACAUCGAGGGCAGAAGGGCCUGUUCUGCGCUGUAUUGUUCUAGGUUCUAAAUCCUAAACCAUGGACUUCCCAUAAAUAGAUAGGACAUUUUGGGCUCUGUUCAAAAAUGCUGCUUCUGAUGUAAUGUUGCCCUGCUGUCCUGUGUCAAAUUUAUAGAUCUCAGCUGAAACUGCAAUAUAGUGUUGCUAAAAUCAGUCUUUCUGUACCUGAGAGUGACCAAUGACCUCAUGCACACAUGCAUUAUUAGACAUGGCUAUAGCUUCCUGCAUAGUUGAACAAGUAUGAUAACACUCAUUCUUUGUGUGUAUGUAUGUGUGUUUAAAGGCAGGGGGCUAAAUUGGGGGGUGGGGGGGCGCGGAGCGGAGGAAGAGUGGAAAUUAGCAUACGUCUUACCUGAUCAUCUGACACCUCCACACAGCGAAUAGAGAAGGGAGGCUUCAAGUAAGCAAAACCCAGAAGUGGUGGCCGAGAGCAGCUUGUGACAAACUGGAAUGAGGGAAUUGAGAAGAAAUAAAGCCUGUGUUAGUACUACACAUUUACCUGAAGGAAAGAUAAAUUCCAAGCUGCGGCCAUGACAGUCCUUGGAAACGCCCCAGUCACUAAGACAUUGGCAAAGGGUUCAACCUCUAUUUUUCCAACCAUUAUUCUGUUAUGGAUCUAUUCCUUCAAUGAAGAGCUGGAGGGAGAAAGAGUGUGGAGACUGGUGCAUUUAGAAUUGGGCCAUCUUCCAUACAGAUUAAAAUCAAGACCGUCACUUCUAAAUUGUGCUAAGAUACAGUCAGUUGUACAUGUACUGAGUGAGUGGAAAUAAAGAAACGUGCUUGCCAGUGUACAGAACAGCAGCCUGUCUGGCCAGGAGGUUAUUAUUUCUUGUGCUCACAUAUGGUUACAUCUGAAAGUUAGAUUGGAGCCUUUCACUUGCAAAAUUGUAAUCAUGAUGAGGUUUUUUUAUUUUCAUUACUACAGUAAGUUUCCUUUAUAGAAUAGCAAUCCUGUUCAAGACAAGUAUAGAUUCAAGCUCAUGGAAAGGAAGUGACAGCCUUUACAGGAUCCUGUGAAAUACAACACUUGCACAGAAUCUGGUUACCAUAAAGCUUUAUAUGAAGAUAUUUUUGUUUGUGUUAUAGAGUCAUACAGCACAGAAGCAGACCCUUUGAUCCAGCCUGUCCAUGUCGAACAUAAUCCCAAACUAAACUUGUCCCAUGUGCCUGCUCCUGACUUGUAUCCUUCCAAACCCUUCCUGUUCAUAUACUUGCCCAAAUGUCUUUUAAACUAUAUAAUUGUACUCACAUCCACCACUUCUUCAGGAAGUUCAUUCCACACAUGAACCACCCUUUGGAGUAUAAAAUUUGCCUCGUGUCAUUUUUAAAUUUCUCCUCUCACCUUAAAAGUAUGUACCUCUAGUCUUGAAAUUCCCCAUCCUAGGGAAAGACAACUACCAUUAACUCUAUCUAUACCCUCCCCCGCCAUUAUUUUAAAAGCUUCUAUCAGGUCGCCUCUCAACCUCCUACACUCCAGUGAAAAAAUUCCUAGCCUAUCACCCUUAGGCCCGAAACGUCAGCUUUUGUGCUGCUAGGAUGCUGCUGUGUUCAUCCAGCUCCACACUGUUAUCUUUUUAACCAUUCUGUCUAUAUGUCACGCAAACUUCAAAGAAUUAUGUACUUGCACCCCUAGGUCCCUCUGUCCUAUAACAUUACCAUUGGCCCUAUCAUUAAGUGUAUAACCCCUACCUUUGUUUGUUGUACCAAAAUACAAUACCUCUCAUUUAUCCAAAUUGAACUCCAUCUGCUAUUUUUCAGCCCAUUGUCCCAUUUGAUCAAGAUCCCUUUGUAAUUUUAGAAAGUCUUCCUCACUGUCUACUAUGCUACCAAUUUUGGUGUCGUCUGCAAACUUACUAACCAUGUCUUUUAUAUUCUCAUCCAAAUCAUUUAUAUAAAUGACAAACAAAAGAGAACCAGAACCAAUUCCUGUGGAACACCGCUGGUCACAGGUCUCCAGUUUGAUAAGCAACUCUCCACAUUACUCGCUGUCUCCUGCUGUACAGCCAAUUAUGUAUCCAGUAGGCAAACUCACCCUGAAUUCCAUGUGAUGUAACUUUACUAGUUAGUCUACCAUGCGGAACCUUGUCAAAGACUUUACUAAAAUCCAAAUAAACAAUGUCUACUA